AUGCAGAGUGACGAAGUUUCUAAUAAAAAGGACUACCAGUAUUCAGUCCAAGAAAAAGAGAGCAGUACUGAAAAUGGUAACUUAGAAGAGUUCGAUGGCGACACCCCAUCAUUUAGAAGGGCUAUUAUUGAAGCAUGUGGCCACAAUCCUGAUGAUUUUGAGAGUGAUGAAUUGCCAGAAGACCUUCAGUAUAUGAUUAAUGUAAUUACCAGUCUACCUAUCGAUGAUGCCUUAAAGAUACUUGAGAGAGCAGUAGAGGAACAUCACGACGAUGCAAACUUCUCCAGCGAUCUACUCAAAAAGAUCGAACUUUUGCUUGACAGGGAUCAAUACUUGAGGACCGGACACAAUGAAUUUGAAUGGUUCGAACAGUGCAAGAUAGACGCUGGGUUAAUUCACUACCACUCGCCAUACCCUGAGGUAAGGACUGUUACUUCUCCGAUAGACGACGAAAGCAUCCCUGUGGAAACUUUCCGGGCUUAUUUCUUCGGAUUUUUUUGGACUAUUUUAGGAGCUGGUGUUAAUGAGUUCUUCAGUCAUAGAAAACCACUCAUCUCUCUCACGGCACCAGUCAUGCAAAUUCUUUUGUAUCCUUGCGGAAAAUUCUUUGAAAGAGUUCUUCCUAAUAGAGUUUUUAAGUUGGGUAAAGUUUCUGUUAACUUUAAUCCAGGUCCGUGGAGUUACAAGGAACAGAUGUUUGCUACCAUUAUAUUUAAUGUGUCUACAAAUUACACCUACGUUGCCCAUAAUAUUUACGUACAGAAACUGAAAGUUUUUUAUGGUAACGACUGGCUUGACUUUGGAUAUGAAGUGCUGUUGAUGCUCUGCUCCCAACUAUUAGGGUUUGGCUAUGCUGGUAUUUUAAGAAAGUUCGUUAUAUAUAACGAAAAGUGCUUAUGGCCAACUUUGUUUCCAACUAUGGCGCUUAACGGAGCUUUGUUAAGACCCGAUAAUAAGGAAAACACUAAUGGCUGGAGAAUGACAAGGUAUAAAUUCUUCAUGGUAUUUUUUUUGACGAUGUUUUUGUACAACUGGAUACCAACCUAUUUAUUCCAAGGCUUAUCUUCAUUUAGUUGGAUGACUUGGAUUUCACCAAAAAACUUCGAUCUAGCCAUGGUAACUGGAAGUACAUCAGGCCUGGGAUUGAAUCCUAUUCCUACAUUUGAUUGGAACAUUAUUGACUACAAUUACUCACUCUCCAUUCCAUUUUUCUCUCAACUAAAUCAGUAUAUUGGUACUUUUAUUGGGUUCUUUGUUGUUCUUGGUCUGUACUAUAGUAACUACAAAUGGACAGGUUACUUGCCUAUGAACUCAAACGAUAUUUUCACUAAUACUGGUGACUCAUACGCUGUUCAAGAAAUCCUGGACUCAAAUUCAAAACUAGUGGAGUCUAAGUACCAGGCAUAUUCACCACCUUUUUACACUGCUGGUAAUUUAUUAGUGUAUGGGGGAAUUUUUGCGCAAUAUCCAUUUGCCUUCGCUUAUGUAUUCUUCACUGAAUGGAAGGCUAUUUCUCGCUGUUUCAAGCAGAUAUAUUACCAAAUGAAGAGUUUUAGAAGUAUAGGUAACAAAACAACAACUUAUGAUGGUUUUGAUGAUCCUCAAACUCGUCUAAUGAAGAAAUAUAAAGAUGUUCCUGACUGGUGGUUCCUUGUAGUUUUGGUCGUUGCACUUGUUUUGGGAAUUCUUUGCAUAAAACUCUACCCUACACAAACACCGGUGUGGGGACUCUUCUACAUCCUGGCCUUUAAUUUCCUGUUUUUGAUUCCAAUUUGCUUUAUCUUCUCCACAACCGGAUUUAGCAUUACCAUGGGAGUUAUUACUGAAAUCAUUAUAGGGUAUGCUUUGCCUGGAAACGGCUUGGCUUUAAUGACUAUAAAGUCGUUAGGAUAUACUAUUGAUAAUCAAGCAGAAUCUUACAUCGCCGAUCAAAAGUUGGCACAUUACGCAAAAAUACCACAACGGGCAGUAUUCAAAGGCCAAUUAGUCGGUGUACUGAUUCAAUGUUUUGUUGCAUUGGGUGUUAUUAACUGGCAAAUUGUAAAUGUUAAGAAUAUAUGCACUUCUAAAGCAGAGAACAAAUUCACGUGUCCAAAAGAAGUUAACUUUUACUCCUCUUCUGUAUUUUGGGGUGUUAUUGGACCAAAGAGAGUAUUCAAUGGUUUAUAUCCAAUUUUGAAAUAUACCUUCUUAAUUGGAUUCCUACUAAGUAUUUUGUGUUGUGCUAUCAAAUACUUUUUCCCAAAGCAAACCCGUAACUUCCAUCCAACAAUCUUAAUGGGUGGUUUACAGCAGUUUGCUCCUUACAAUUUGUCUUACGUCACUGGAGGUCUUUACAUUUCCUUUGCGUUUAUGUUCUACAUUAAGAGGUACUAUACCAAAUGGUGGGAAAAGUAUAACUACGUUCUUUCCGCUGCAUUUUCGUCAGCUAUAGCGUCUUCAGCAAUUGUCAUAUUUUUUGCUGUAAAUUACAAGCCAAAGCAUAUCAAUUGGUGGGGGAACAAUAUCAUUGAUACUGGUGUCGAUGGAGGAGAAGGAAGACAGACUUUAAAAAAUGUAACAAGUUUACAAGGUGGAUAUUUUGGCCCUAGGGUAGGUAGCUACCCAUGA